CGGGCACGUGCGGCUCCUCCAUUGAAUCCUCGGUUAGCUCCGCGGGCUAAAGGCUAAAGCUAACGCCACCGAACCGAACCGAACAUGUCCAAAAAGAGCGAGUAUCUGCGCGCGCUGGUGACAGAGCGGCUGACUGCGGCUGCGGACGAGAUCUUUGCGCUGUUUGAAAGAACAAUAGCGGAGUAUGAGGAGGAACUGAGCCGCUCCAAAGAGGAGAACCAGAGGAAACAGCGGCUCCUGGACUCGGCUCAGGGCGCGAGAGCCGAGCCGCAGACGCCAGAUGCCCCGACUCCUCACACAUGUUUGGAUCAGGGGAGCUCAGGUUUGUCGGACUCGUCUGGAGCUGUCAGGCUGGAGCCGGAGUUGGGUUUGUUCGGUGUCAAAAGUGAAUGUGGAGAAUCUGAAGGGACCGAAACCAGCGAGGACUGGACCCUCGUGGCCGGUCCCUCCGCUCCGCCCCGGGACUCCAAGGACGACGACCAGAACAUGGAGCCCGAGGGACAGACCGCAGCCCCAGAUUCACACGAGUGCUGCAUCUGCGACGAGACAUUUGUGGACCCUCAGAGCUUAAAGAGACACAUGGACCUGCACAUGGAGGAGGUGGAACUGUUGAGCAGGGCCAAAGGGGAGGAGGACACAUUUAAACGGCGCGCGCCUCAGUCGCGCCCACAGACUCACAGGACGCUGGCAUCUUUCCCGGGCUCACCUUUCAGCUGUCCCUUCUGUAAACGAGACUUUGCGAGGAAAUCGGAUCUUCAGUAUCACAUCCUGAUCCACACGGGAGAGAAGCCCUUUUCCUGUUCCCAGUGCAACCGGAGAUUUAACCGAAAGUCAAAUCUGUAUCGUCACUACAGAAACCACGCCAAGAAGAAAAUCCUCUGAGUUUGAGAAGGGACUGGACCAAAUUUGGGUCUGAUUUUUGUUACAUCAUCUUCACUGUUUGUUUUGUGAAAUAUAAAAAACUCAUUAAACGGCAGAAGAUAUAAAAAUAACAGGGCUGUACUCGAGUAACGACAUGCGCUGCCGGUCGACUAAAAAGGGGGCGUGGCAAAAGCUCUCAAAACUAUAACAUAUCUGUGUGUGUGUCCCAAACUGCACUGACCAGGCCACACCUGCAGGGGGAGUGCAUGCAAAAGCUACUAUUUAUGCAGAAAAAAGUACUAGGAAGCAACGUGUUUGUAUAAGGACGGAUUAAAUCAUGAGUUUAAUCUGACUUUUUACAGAUAAACACCAAAAAUCCCAGAUCUUCAGCUCCGUCACUCUCUCCUCUUUCUGCUGUCGUCCCACAGAAAUAAACAACACGAUUAAUCGACUAAGACUCCAACGACUCGAUAAGUAAACACCUUCAGCCUCUGGUUAAAGCUCCACUAUGGGACGUUUCUGGUUUUCUGUUUGUCUCCGUUUUUACUUUCCAUGCAGUAUUCCACAGUAUGGCUUUAUCUGUCUCUGUGGCGAUAAGCAGUUGACGACACCAAGCCAAGUUACAGGUCAUGUCCGCGGAGAGGUGAGCUGCACAUAGGACGGUUGUAUAUUUUUCGAGCUCGUCUGAAGAAAACCAGUGUUUGUUUAAAUCGUAGCGUUGUGGUUUGAGGAAAGACUGAAGUUCUUCUAGAUGUUUAAUUUGUGAACGCGGGGGCGACUGUCGGCCGUAAGUCGCGCCACAACAAGAGCCAAACGACAGCAGACUCAACUCACUCUAAACACGCUCCAAAACAGACCAGAAACUGACCGAUUAAACAUUCACAUCCUCGUCGCCAUAGCAACCACGUGUCACACAAAAGCGGUUACGUUAGCGACGCAACAAACAGAAGAACAACAAAAGAAAAGUCGACCCCAAGAACAAAAUAUCAGAUCAUUAUAAUAUGCAACGCACUCGAGACAGAGCGACGCGUCAGACCGAUAUCUGCUCUUUUUAGAACAUCUGUUAUCGGCUUUAAAUCUCCGUCAUGGACCGAUAUGUUGUUCCAGUUGUCCACCUGGCGAAAGGAGAGGCCCUUAGCUUAAGUCGAACACUUUAACGUGAAGAUAAACCUGCGUUAAUGUGCCCACACCGCUCUCUGAUCAAAACUGACCCAAAAUAUCGGCUCUAGUUUCAGUAUUGGUCAUGAAAAACAAACAAACACAUACCGUUCGAUAGCUAUGACAUACAUAUAUUAAAUGCCAUACUGUGGAACAUUAUGAAAAGCAGUAUCAUCUCCAUGGAGACAAGCUCUACCAGAAAAGCUUCAUAACAAAGACUUUAUUUUUAGCCACCUGUAUGUAUGUACUUGUAUUUUGAAGCUUUGUGCAGAAAAGAUUUAACACUACACUGGUGUGGGCUAGUUACUCGUUUUGAAUAUUAGUUUCAUCUUUUUGUUUUCAUGUUUUUUCAAUGCCAUAAACUGUUAUAAAAGUUGUGUUCUAGCGUUUUAUUAUCAGAUGGAAACUAGACAGUAGAUGGUUUUAAUAUGAACUGUAACAUGAACCUUCAGUACCACGUGAAUAAACCAGGUAUUUCUCUCA